AUGAAGAAAGAACAAAAGUCAAAAACACAAAAACACCGUGGCAGCCAGCCUCCUGGCAGAAUUUUGCCUGCAGGCAACCAGUUGGAGCUUCUGCUGACAAUAAUCGAUUUGGAGCAGCAGUGCUCCUGGUUGAGCCGAGCAGAGUCCCAGCACGAAGUCACAAGCCAUGUGGAGGAACAGGAAAACCUGGCUCAUUCAGAGGAACAAUAUAAAUCUCCAGAAAUCAAUCCUAAAGAGUCAGAGGGUAUAGAAGAUAAAACAGGAUUAUCACUCCUUGAUUCUACUGACCAAAUCACCCUGCUCAGGUUCAAUGGCUCGGUCUUCAUGUCCUCUGUACUAACACUCAUCGAGAUUCCCGGCCCGGAGUCAGUGCAGUGUUGGAUUGGGAUUCCAUUCUGUAUCAUGUACCUCGUUGCUGUGAUUGGGAAUUCCCUAAUUUUAAUUAUAAUCAAAUAUGAAAACAGCCUCCAUAAUCCCAUGUAUAUUUUUUUGGCCAUCUUGGGGGCCACAGACAUUGCACUUAGCACCUGUAUUCUUCCCAAAAUGUUAGGCCUUUUCUGGUUUCGUUUGCCAGAGAUUUCUUUUGAAGCCUGCCUUCUACAAAUGUGGCUUAUUCACUCAUUCCAGGGAAUUGAAGCAGGGGUCCUACUGGCGAUCGCUUUAGAUCGCUAUGUGGCCAUCUGUGACCCCUUGAGACAUGCCACCAUCUUCUCCCAACAACUCUUUAUGUACGUUGGAGGUGGAGUAACAUUCAGGUCUGCCAUACUUUUAGCGCCAUCUGUCUUACUUAUCAAAUGUCUUCUUAUACUCUACCGAAGAACAAUCGUCUCCCACUCUUAUUGUGAGCACACGGCCAUUGUGAAGCUGGCUACUGAAGAUAUCUGGAUCAACAAGAUAUAUGGUCUAUUUGUUGUUUUUGCCAUCUUAGGGUUUGACAUAAUCUUUAUCAUCUUGUCUUGUGUUCAAAUAUUUAUCACUGUCUUUCGACUGCCCCAGAAGGAGGCACGAUUCAAGGCCCUUAAUACAUGCAUUGCCGACAUUUGUGUCUUCCUACAGUUCUACCUCCUUGCCUUCUUCUCUUUCUUUACUCACAGGUUUGGUUCUCACAUACCACCAUAUGUUCAUAUCCUCCUAGCAAACAUUUACCUGUUAGUCCGACAUUUUCUCAACCCUAUUGUCUAUGACAUGAAGACCAAACAAAUUCCUGACCAUGUCCUGAAAAUGUUUUUCUCCAAAAAAAAAUCUUGA